AUGACUUCCUCAUUUGACUCGGAGAACGCCACGAAGGUUAAAGUCAUCUUGAAGAGUCGAGAUGACUGGCGUACAUGGAUCCGUAACAUCAAGGAAUACGCCGAACGGCUUGAUGUAUGGGAUCACUUCGAUCCAGAACGUGCAGACGGCACUCAUCCUCCAACGCCCGUGAAACCUGAAAGACCCCAGAAUCUAACGGAUAAUGCUUAUCGAGGAUUCCAACUCGAUUUGCAAGAAUAUAAAGAUUCGCGAAACAACAUUGCGAAGGUAGAGGAUGCGAUCAGAUCCUCUAUCGCUGUACACGUUCAACCACUUAUCGAAGAGAAGCGACGAUUCGAAAUACUGAAGGUAUUGAAGAUGCAAUACGAACCGUCAAAAGUGGAGAUGCAACAGAAGGCCUUAAAGCAAUAUCAAGAGGUUAUCAGAAGGUCUCCACGGAAAGGAAAGAUCAACGCCUGGAUAGAAGAGUUUGAUCACGCUUACCUGGCGAUCAAGAGGCUCGAAUUGCCUCAUAGCGGAGAUCUUUAUGUGCAACAGGAAUUUCUGACAGCGAUUGAGAAAGUGGAUCAGCAGUAUUCCAAUAUGCAUUAUUCGAGUAUUGGAAAGACCACUUAUUCUGUAUUACUGAGCGAUUUCCGCGCUCAUCUCGCCAACAGCAGGCGAGAUGACGCCUCAGUAGUUAGUCACGCGUACGCUACGCUCAAUGGUCAAACCGAUACACCUAUUGAUCAACAAGAACCUCAAGGGGAAACGAAAGGAAGAACAGAAUGGCCCCCCUGCGCAUGUGGAGGACAACACCGAUUCCGUGACUGCAACUAUCUCUACCCGGAAACACGUCCAAAGGGUUGGAAGCCUGAUGAGCGAGUUAUCAAGGAAAUCAAGAAAAUUGCCUCAGGACCAACAUCUCGAGCGAAGAGAAUCAGAGAUAUGAUCAGGAAGAACUGGAAGGAAGCCGAUGAAAGCCCUCAAGAUUACCACGUUAUGGCCCUUUCAUGCAAUGCUUCGCUUGACAUCCCGCUCACAAAUUGCUUUAUUAUCGAUACCGGAUCCUCCACGCAUGUGUGCAACGAAAUAUCGAGAUUUGAGGAGCUUGAUCAAACGAAAGGUGGUCAACUUCACGCAGGUGAUUCAACUGUUAAAAUUCAAGGCUUUGGAAAGGUCAGAAUACGGCCAAAUUGCGGAGGAGAGAAAGGUGAUAAAGAAAUUGUCCUCACAAACGUUGCCUUCGUUCCAGGCCUCCAUACAAACAUCCUAAGCGCGCAGAAAAUCAAGCGAGCAGGAUAUGACUUCAGUAUGACCCGUAACACGAUUUCACGAAAUGGAAAGGUCGUGUUCAACGUGGAAGAGCAUUCGUCAGGAUUGUGGAUUAUUGAAAAGAAAGGGAGCACUCACUACGGCCUCGCAAUGAUCAGAAAUGAUCAGGAUUCUCGCAGAUCAGCGAGACCUCACAUCCUGAAAGGAAACACGGAUUUGUGGCAUCGCAGGAUGGCUCACCUUCAUUGGGAUGCACUUCGCCAUCUUCCUGAGGCUGCUCAAGGCGUCAAGAUUGAUGAUUUUCGAGCAAAACAACAUGACGAUCCUAAAUGCGAGGUGUGCAGACAUUCGGAGGCCCCGAGGCAGACUUCGAGGCGCUCAAUGAUGACGGCUCAAGCACCUCUUCAACGCGUGCAUUUCGAUCUCAUUCAAAUGAAGCCUGCAUUGAAUGGAGAUCAGUGGAUCUCGCAUUUCUAUGACGAGAAUACACGCUUCCAUAACGUCUUUUCGCACCGGUUGAAAAACGGCUGCGUAGGUGCUUUCAACACCUACAUUCUGCAGAUGCAGAAUAUUGCCAAAACGAAGAUCAGAUUCUUCAAAAGUGACCGUGAGCAAACACUCGGAAAUGCGGUCAAAGAGGAGGAAGCGCUCAAAGGAAUCAUUCACGAGUAUUCCGUGGUUGAUACGCCUGAUCAGAAUGGCGCUGCAGAGCGAGCAGGCGCGAUCCUAAUCCUGAAGGCAAGGAAAAUGAUGAUUGAAGCAAAAUUGCCUCGGGAUCUCUGGCCCUGGGUUAUCGGUGGAGCAGCGAAUAUUGCUAAUCGCUCUCCUACUGCCGCGCUCGGAUGGAAAACGCCAUACGAGAAGCUCUCAGGAAAGAAGCCCGAUCUCUCAGCCUUUCGUACAAUCGGUUGCGUUGCCUACACGAGGCAGGAGCAACAGAAAAGCGAUAAAAUGGCUCCUCGCGCGUAUAAAGGUAUCCUCCUCGGCUAUGUCGCCUCAAACAUCUGGCAUAUAUGGAACCCGAGAAAACAACGUGUUGAAGAGGCAAGAGACGUAUUAUUUGACGAGACGAGAAUGUACGAUCCUACGCAACCGUUCCUUGAAGACCUCAUCAGCGAGACGUCACCAGAGCCACCUACAGAGGUGCUUGACUUACCAAGAGGCGAAGGGAUCUUCCUAGAAGAGGAACCUAACCGUAUGGAAACGGGAGAGGUCCCGAGAAUUGAAGGAAACGCUUACGGAUCGAAUGACGCCUCAAAUAACGAAAUCAUGCAAAAAUUAAGUGAUAGAAAGGUUGCAGAAGGUCAGGGGGUGGCUACCGUUGAUCACCCUGAUCAUCCCGCGCAACCAAGUACCCUACCAACACCUGAAUCGACUCCUGAACCCCACGUUGAACCUAACAAUCAAGAGGACCGUGGCCGUACUGAGGCCAUUCCGGGAGGUUUCCCUGAAGAUCCACUGCUUGAAGAACCUGAUGCAAUUCCGCAUGAUGAAGCCGCUUCUCGAAUGCUCGAAGAUUCGCUUCAGAAUUCGAUCCUUGAAGAAGAGGAAAUACGUAUUUCUUCAGCACCUCCAACUGCUCAACACCACGAUUCCGCGCUACAAGAAGAUCAUGAUUCGACGCCCUCAUCAAGAUCAGGGGGUGGACGAGGCGGAAGACGCAGCCGAGGCAGAGGAAGAGGCCCUACCGAUGACGGCGCUCGCGAAGAGAAUAUCUUGCAAGGAAGACGCGUACGGCAGCCACGGAAGGACAUGAAAGAAUACCAAUCUUACGCGAUGUUUGAACCUUACAUUGAGGAUCCUUACAUCGUUGAAAACGUCUUUUCAAUGGCCCUCGAUCUCGCAGCAAAAGAGAAGAAACGCUGGCACCGUAACGAGCUUCCUCCUCUGCCGAAAUCGUAUACAGAAAUACUGCAACACCCGCUUAAGGACGAGUUCUUACGCGCUGCACAAAUUGAAAUAGGAAAUCUCAAGGCAAAGGACUGCUUCACCCUCGUUGAUCAAGAAGAAGCACGCGAUUCACAGAUUCUUCCAUUGAAAUGGGUGUUCACGUACAAAUUCGAUGAAAACGGCAACUUUAUCAAAGCGAAAGGCCGUAUCUGCGUGAGAGGAGACCUCGAGAAAGACAAGGUUGCUAAUAAUUUCGCUGCAACAGCGUCUGCCAGGGUGUUCCGAGCUGUUAUGGCACUCGUUGCUGCUUUCGAUCUCGAUACGGACCAGAAAGAUGCCGUAAACGCCUUCUUGAAUGCACUACUCGAUGAGGCCGUAUACACAAGAACACCGGAAGGAUUUCACACGAAAGGAAAGAUAUGGAAGCUCAGAAAAGCGCUAUAUGGAUUGCGCAAAUCUCCACGCCUCUGGCAGCGAGCUCUCGCCACUACACUGCUCAGAUUUGGUCUUAUCCCCGUGCCUGAAGAACAAUGCCUCUUCGUGAAUGAAUACAUGAUUGUGCUAGUCUACGUUGAUGAUAUCCUCGUGAUCAACUUGCCUACCCCGGAGGCCCGAGAGGCCGCAAAACGAUUCAAGGAAGCUCUCGCGGAAGAAUAUGAGCUUCGGAAUAUGGGAGAAGUGGGAUGGUUCCUAGGAGUUAGAAUCAUUCGAGAUAGACCUCGCAGAAAGCUUUGGCUCUGUCAAGAUGCCUAUCUCGAGAAUAUCGCCGUGAAAUUCCACCUCCACGAACACGCGAGGCAACCGAAUACGCCUUAUUCAAACACGAUCAACGUCGAUCCCAACCCUGACGAGGCGCCGGAAUCAAAGAAGAAGGAAUAUUCGAUGAAAAUCGGCUCAGCGCAGUAUCCUGCGAUGAUCACGAGACCCGAUAUUGCCUUCAUGAUUAGUCGCUUAUCUGAAGAGCUUAAAAACCCCUCGCAGGAUCACAUUCGCGCUGCGGAUCGCGUUAUCGAAUAUCUCUACAAUACGCGCUUUUUCGCGCUCGAAUUCUCCGCCAAGGAAGAAGACCAGGAAGUUGCAAUAAUCGCUUCGGAUGCAGCCUACGGUGAUCGCCCGGACCGCCGCAGCUCGGCAGGAUAUCUCGUGAAACUCUACAACGGCCCCGUUGAAUGGAAAUCAGGAAAACAACGCGCGGUUACAACCUCUACAACUGAAGCAGAGUUUCUUGCAUUAUCCGAGGCAGCCAAAGCCGUAUACUGGUGGCGCAGAGUUUUCAAUACCAUGGGAUUCGAUCCUCAACAUGAAUUGACCGUUUCCUGCGAUAAUCAGCAAACCGUUCGUUUAGUGAACCAUGAGGACGUUGAACACCGCUCUAAACUACGCCAUGUUGAUAUUCAUCGCUCGUGGCUCCGCCAGGAGGCUCAGCGAGGUGAUCUACACGUCAAAUGGACCCCUACUGAUCAAAUGAUCGCCGAUGGCCUCACGAAGGCGCUUUCCGCGCAACAACACGCCAAAUUCGUGAAAAUGUUGAAUCUCGUCAACAUUGAAGACCUCAUUCUCGCUCAAGAAGGAAGAUAA